UUGUUACUUUUUUACAACUAUUGCAUCCCUCCUUAAGUAAGGCCACCAUAUAUACAUCUUGUCUUCAUAUGUCAUAUAUCUCUCCUCCUCUUACAAAACCCCGUCUCGUGCCAAACCCCAGAGAUGGAAAAAGAGAAAUAUGAUAUGUGCCCAUUUGAGGCCAUGGAUCACCUCUGGUUUCACCAGAUUGUUAUUUCCUCAAAACCACCAAAUAAUUCAUCAAAACACAUCUCCCAAAUUUCAGUCACAAUCCCAAACCAACAAAUCCCUUCACCAUCUUCUGCAGUAGCUUCCUCACAGGUUGAGAGCAAGAGACAAGAAAGUAAUCAUGUUGAAGAAACUAGUACUACUUCUACUCCUAGAGCAACAAAGUUAUACCUAGUUUCGACGAAAACUAGGUCAUCAAGAUCACUCCAAAAACAAUAUUCAAGAACCUCAAUGCGGAAAGCUCUGAGCUCAGCCGAUCUCGAGCUUGAAGAAGUGAAAGGGUUCAUGGAUUUAGGGUUUGAUUUCAAGGAGCACAACUUAAGCAGCCAUGUGAUCAGCCUGAUCCCCGGAUUACAGAGAAUCAAAUCCCAAGAGCAAGAUUUAGGGAGUCGUAUUGAUGUUGAUGAAGAAAAAAAUGGAAAAUUCAUGAGGCCAUAUUGGUCAGAGUCAUGGCUUGUGAAAAUGUUAGAUUCCCCAUUGAUACUGAGUUUAAGGAUUUCGGAUGAUUCGGACAAGGUGAAGAAGCAUUUGAAGGAUUGGGCUCGAAUAGUGGCAGCAACCAUCCACCAAGAAUCUUGAUGCUUAAGAGAUUUGUUGUGUUGUGUAUAUUAUUGUGUAUUAAUAUGUACUUUAUGUUGGUGA